ACUCUCUCUCUCUCUCUCUCUCUCUCUCUCCAGCUAUGGCGUUCGUUAUAUUUAGCUGUCCCUGAGUUACUUCAGAUUUCUACUACUACAAAUCUUCAAAGAUGGUGAAGAUUAUUGAUAAAAUAUAGAUCAGAGUCGCUUAGAAAAGGUCAUAAAUUUGUUUUUUUUUCCUUUUUCUUUUCGGUUUUAAACAAAAUAAAAACGUUUGUCCCAAAAAAAAAAAAAUGAAUCUUUGAAUUUGUCAUCAUCUGGGGGUUGCUCUAACAGUUGAAGCCGGCCUGGAUUUGCCAAGAUUUAUAUAAUUUUAUGUAAUCUUUAGUGUUUGACAACUCUGAAAUGGUUACAUCAGAUUCGCCUUUCUCUUGCCUCUUUCAGAUUCAAAUCUGAGUCUCUCUUUCUAUUGGAGCUCUCACGAUCGCAAAGAUUUUCCAGUUCUUUAGUAUUCAAACCCUACUUUCUUUUGGUUCUCUCAUUUCAAAUCUGAGUCUCUCUUUAUUGGAACUCCCAUGAUCUCAAAGGUUUUCGAUGAUGGGUUGUGGAAAUUUUGAAUUUUUGAUUUGGGUGUCAUUCAUAUUGUCUUUGUUCUGGUUUUCUACUGGAUUUACUCCUGCAGACCAACACUUUAUAGAUUGUGGUUCACCCACCAACACUACAGUGGGUGUUCGUGUUUUCAUAUCCGAUACCUCGGCCUCAAACUUCCUUUCAACCCCACAAAAUAUAUUGGUCAAUACCUCUUCAAAUUCUAUCACUUUAACCGAUGAUUCACAGCUCUACAAGACGGCGAGGGUAUUUACCAAAUCCUCCAAGUACACUUUUCCUAUCAGCCAGAGCGGGCGACACUGGAUUCGCCUCUAUUUCUUCCCUUUCGUUUACAAGAAUUACAAUUUGAGCACGGCCAAUUUCUCUGUAUCUGCCCAAAAUUAUCUACUCCUUGGCAAUUUUAAUCCGGAAGGUGUUUCUGUCAAAGAAUUCUCAGUAAAUGUGACAUCAAGUACUCUUGUAAUCACCUUUACACCGGUCAACAACAAUUCAUUGGCAUUCUUGAAUGCCUUGGAAGUUGUUUCAGUCCCUGAUUCGCUCAUCACCGAUGAUGCUACUUCAGUUAACCCUACAGGUAAAUUCCAGGGUUUGUUCACACAGGCAUUGGAGACGGUUUUUAGGGUGAAUAUGGGUGGACCGUCUGUCUCAUUUGAAAACGAUACGCUUUGGCGAACCUGGGUUCCUGAUCAAGGUUUCUUAGUAUUGCAGAAUGUUGCUAGAAACUAUUCAGCGAUCCCAGCUGUUAAGUAUCCCGCAGGUGGAGCUACCCCUGAUAUUGCUCCUGCUACUGUUUAUGGUACUUGCACUGAAAUGAACUCACUCAGUGAUCCCAAUAGCAAUUUCAACGUCACAUGGGAGUUCACUGUGGAUCCAGGGUUUCAAUACCUUGUUCGGUUUCACUUUUGUGAUAUAGUGAGUACAUCUCCCUACUCGCUCUACUUCAAUGUUUAUAUUGAUUCAUGGCUUGUUGCUCCAGACUUGGAUCUGAGUACUAUAAACCUUGGAAUUCUGGCCACUGCAUAUUAUAUGGAUUUUGUCACGAGUUCAAAUGAUAACAGUAAGCUUCGCAUUAGUAUUGGACCGUCUUCUGUUUCAAAAACUUACCCAAACGCCAUUCUAAAUGGACUAGAGAUUAUGAAGAUGAAUAAUUCUUUGGGCAGCCUCAGUGGGGUGGUGUCCAUGGUGUCUUCCUCAACAAACACCAAGAAUAACGUGGGCAUGUUGGUGGGUUUGAUCGUUGGUGCAUUUGUUGCUGUGGUUUUGGCUGCUGUUCUCUUUUUAGUAUGCAGAAGAAGAAAACGGGCAAGUCUCGGCCACUCAAAGACGUGGGGUCCUUUCUCCAUCAAUGGAGGAACUUCACUCACCAUGGGAAGUAAAUACUCUAAUGGAACAACCCUUAGUGCCGGUUCUAACUUUGGAUAUCGCUUUCCUUUUGUUGCAGUUCAAGAGGCUACUAAUAACUUUGACGAGAGUUGGGUUAUUGGAAUUGGUGGUUUCGGGAAGGUUUACAAGGGUGCUCUAAAUGAUGGUACGCAAGUGGCUGUUAAGAGGGGUAAUCCCCGGUCCCAACAAGGUCUUGCUGAAUUCCGAACUGAAAUUGAGAUGCUAUCUCAAUUCCGGCACCGCCAUUUGGUUUCCUUGAUUGGGUACUGUGACGAGAAAAACGAGAUGAUUUUGAUUUAUGAAUAUAUGGAGAAUGGGACCCUCAAGAGUCAUCUCUAUGGCUCAAAUCAACCAAGCUUGAGUUGGAAGGAGAGGCUUGAGAUAUGCAUUGGAGCAGCGAGGGGACUUCACUAUCUCCAUACUGGCUAUUCGAAAGCAGUUAUCCAUCGUGAUGUAAAGUCUGCAAACAUAUUGCUGGAUGAGAAUCUUAUGGCUAAAGUUGCCGAUUUUGGGCUUUCAAAGACAGGACCGGAAAUUGAUCAGACCCACGUGAGUACGGCAGUGAAAGGGAGUUUUGGGUACCUUGACCCCGAGUAUUUCAGAAGGCAACAGUUGACAGAGAAAUCCGAUGUGUAUUCAUUUGGGGUUGUUUUGCUUGAAGUUCUCUGUGCAAGGCCUGUAAUCGAUCCAUCUCGUCCGAGAGAGAUGGUGAACUUAGCAGAAUGGGCGAUGAAGUGGCAAAAGACCGGCCAGUUGGACCAGAUUAUAGAUCCCAACCUCGCAGGAAAAAUAAAACCGGAUUCUCUCAGAAAGUUCGGAGAAACGGCAGAGAAAUGCUUGGCUGAAUUCGGGGUUGACAGGCCUCCUAUGGGAGAUGUCUUGUGGAAUCUGGAGUACGCGCUUCAACUUCACGAGGCAGUUCUUCAAAAUGAUCCCGAAGAGAACAGUACUAAUGUCAUCGGUGAGCUCUCACCGCAAAUCAACAAUUUUGAUCAUGCUGACAGUAGUACUGUUUCAGCUGCUCAGUUUGAAGUGUCGAGCAUGGACGAUGAUCUUUCAGGUAUUUCAAUGAGUAGGGUGUUCUCACAGCUAGUUAAAUCUGAGGGUCGAUGACAAAAGUCUAGAUUGUGAGUAACAUUGGCCUUACCUCUGCUCACCUCAUUGGGGUACAAAAGGGUAUUUCUUUAUUUUGUUGCAAGAAAAGCGAUAGAACACAAUCACUCUGUUUGGUUUCAUUUUUUAGAAUAUGUUCUGUGGCAAAGUAUUGGAAGCACACCAGCGUGUGGCUUCCCACAAAUCGUCGUUGAAUGAAAACAAGAGGGAUUGUGACCACAUUCUAUGGCUUUUAUUCAUAGUUGAAAGUAGUUUUUAAAUCGAACUCAAAUCCAUUGUGGGGUGUCCUUGGAGAUUAAAUUGUAUGGAGCAUUGUGAGUUUAUGUUUUGCACAAAAGUGGGGAGGUUAGAGUGAGUUGCCAAAUUUUCUGCUGGCGUUUGGUAAAGAUGUUGCAUUUUAUAUUUCAUUAAUUUGGUUGUUGCUGUUUCUUUUUAUAUCUACAAAUGGUUUUAACUUUUGAGUUUCAAGGCAUCUUCAGUUUCUGCUUGUC